UUUGUCUUUCACUCUCAUGAACGGUCUUCACGCCUAUGGAGAUGACUCGCAGAGCGACUCGGAGGAGAAAGUCGCUUCAUCCUCAAAGACCAGUGUGGGAAUAUAUCUAAAUAAUGAUAAGGCGCUGAAGAGUGUAUCAAACUCAUUCCCAGAUGCCAACUCAGCUCGCCUGCUACCAAAAUCUCAAGUAAUCAUUCGUCGGCCUGCGCAGCAGAGAGGUCACCCUCGUGCUCAUGUAUCAGAUGAAAUUGCAGACGGUUCAGAAAGCCUUCGAGCUUUCAGUCCAGCGUCCAUGCCCGAUGCGUUUCCGAACACGGAACAAGUUGAAACUGGAUCUCCAGAGGAGGCUGAUGAAAUCUCCCACCUUCGACAACUAUUGAGACCACUGCCAAUUCCAGGAUUCACAGACUGGGGCAUUUUGCCAGCGUCUUCAUCUCCAUAUGACCCCGCAAUUCAGACUAAACUUGCGAAAUUUCAUACCUUGAAGCAAGAUCCUGAACAUCCGAAGCAUUUUAACGAUUCACUUAUGUCCAACCGGUCCUUCCGCAAUCCCCAUCUAUAUGCUAAGUUGGUGGAAUUUGUGGAUGUCGAUGAGCGCACGACAAAUUUUUCAAAGGAUAUGUGGGAUCCAGAUGACAUGCGCUCUGAAUGGUUUGCGGACAGCAUCGCUGCGCUGCAAAAAGCUCGUUCAGAGCAAACUGCUUCCUCUCAGUCGAAGCGAACACAGAUCAAUUUCACGACUCCUGCAAAGGUACCACCCCAUCAUCCCACUCAUGACAAGCUGGCCCCACGACACGGUAGCAGAUUCCAUCCCUACUCUCGCGCGCGCUAAGCUCGAUAUUCAUGUAUAUUACCACGCAUCUCUAUAUGUUACUCUCUCCAGGGUCCUUGAAAUGUAUCAGUUAGAUGUGUUAUCAUGGUGCCCAACCCUAAAUACGCUGCAAUUGUCCAAGACAGUGCGUGAUCAGCUCCACCGGAGUCUAGUCAACAUGCAG